AUGGCCAUGACCACAGCUAUUCUUAUCAGCUUCCAAACUAUCGGGGGCGGGUUUAUACAAUCUGCUGCUCAGGCUGUUCUUGGAAACCACUUGUUGAUCACGCUACCUCACUCCGCGCCAGAUGUCGACCCCGCUGCCGUCAUUGCCGCAGGCGCCGCCUACUUACAGAAAAGGUUUGUGCCUAGUAUUCACGGUGUUCAGGUGGCUUAUAUGGAUGGUUUGAAGGCGAGCUUUGCGUUGUCAAUUACAUCCGUAGGAGUCGCUUUCAUUUUCUCUCUAUUCACGGGAUGGAAAACUUGCAGCCCCAUGAGGCCUCCGGCGUCAGAGAACUCGAUACUGAAUAAUUUGAGCAAUCUGAGGCGUAUUGUCUAUGAUGGCUCGACCUCAUCCGAAAGCAAUCGCUCGAAACAAAGUUCGUCAACUCAAGUCCCUUUUGUUGGCCGCGAUUCUGAUAUACUGCCCAUAUCGAAGUGGCGUGGUAUGAAGACGGGAUAUGAGAAUGGGAAAUUGCCUCCGAAUUCCACGUUUACCUUGUACUUGCUGAAAUGGAAGGUAUAUGAGGGUUACUUCAACUGA